AUGACUGUUCAGGUCGCGACCGGGAAGCUGGAGAACGGUUUGGCUCUCGUCCGACCUCCAGGUCACCAUGCGAUGUACGACGAAGCCUGUGGCUACUGCUUCUUUGGUAACGUCGCCAUCGCGGCUGCCAGUCUGCUUGAUUCUCCACCUCUUUCUGUUUACAACCCUCAGUCUCUUUGCCCCAAGACCGUUUCCCGCGACCAGCUUGUACAGGGUCCUCGUUUCAAACGUAUCCUCAUUCUGGACUGGGAUGUGCAUCAGGGUCAAGGGACUCAGUACACAUUCUACAAUGAUAAUCGGUAG